AUGGUCCCGCCCAUUAGCGGCCGCAGCGCCGCUACCGACGUGCCUUCCUACAUCAGCGCGAGGGCAGCCAACGCCCUCAUCUCGGAGAACCGACCCACUCGAAUCCAGGCCGAGACGCUUCUCGUCCUGAAUCGCCUGCUCGAUGAGCUGCUCCUCCUCAUCCUCAGCUCCGCCAGAAGUUUGGCCACCGAUCGGAUCAAGACAGACGGCAUGCUCAGGGUCCUCGGCAACAAUCUUCUUGCAAAGGACGCGGUGCUCGAGGCGGAACUCGAGCUCCGCAGCUACCUCGACGGGAAGAGGGCCGAGGGCGCAAAGAUCCCACUGGGACUGAUGGCGACCUCGAGGCUGGACGGGACUGAGGAUUUCCCGGUGACGAGCGCUUAUAAUGCUCUGCGCAUCCGAUGCCAGUACUACUCUACCCUCGGCGAUCGCGAGGACGACAGCGCCGGCACCGACCAAAAUAUCAUGAGCAACGACGGAAGGCCUAUCGCCACCAUCACGCCCGGCGUCGCCAUCUACGUGACCGCCCUGCUCGAGUUUGUGGGCGAACACGUGCUUCAAAACGUGGCUCGAGUCAUAGAGCGGGACAACUCAGACGAGGCGAGCCUCUAUGACCUCAAGGCCGCCCUGGCCGAGGACGAGCUCCUCGCCGGUCUCUUCAACAAGAUGGCCAUCAAGGCCGAAGUCGAGCGCCGGAUUGAAAUCUCACACGGCCGGCGGAACAGGAGGCUCAACGGAUCGGGUCUGCCCGACGAUCUCGGCAAGGGCGGCAAGGGCGAGGCUCGGGCCGUCAAGCCGUGGCAGGUUCCGACCGAAAAUGAGCUCGAUGAGGCCGCUGCACCUGCGCGCUUCUCCGCUCGCCGUGCCUCGGUCCAGCCCGUCGCGCGCGGAAGCCGACAAGACUCCCAUCACGAGAGGGCCAGCUCGAGCGGCCACUCCUACACACAGGGCGUCCUGGAGUCCAGCGAAAGCGUGUCUCACAGCAGCACGAACCCGUCGCUUAGCACCGCUGCCACCUCGGUGACAGGAUCCGGAUCCAUCGGCCCGGCUGGAUCCAUCGACGGCCGCUCCGGCAUGUCGAGGCGUCAGAGCUCGGACAAGGGCUGGACUGGCGUCUUUGGCCAGAUGAAGCGCCGCAACAGCCAGCGGCAGAGCUCAGACGUUGCGUCUGGGUCAUUCGGCAGGACGCUCUCGCCCUCCGACGCUCUUGCUUCGCAGAACGACGAGUCGGCUCUCGAGCCCGAAGACGAUUUCGAGGCCUUGAUGCUGUCAGGUCAGACCAUGAAGGUGUCCCUCACGCCCAACCGCCUACGCACAAUCGAGGUCGCGAAACAGGAGGCCGACGCCAAGAUGAACGCGCGCCGGAGGCCGGGUGCGAUGGUCUCACCUCUGCGAGACGACUUCGCCGGCGUGAACCGUAACUCGACUCCCUCGCCGGCUCGCCGGGCGAGUGUCCAGCUGACCGAGCCUGUCGACACAGGGGAAGGCUUCAAGUUGACGCGGCGGCCCAGCUCCCGCGGAAGCCUGCAGGCGCCGUCGUCGUGGUCAACGCAUCCCGAGCGCAAGUUCGGGUCGCAGCCGCCUUCGUCGUAUCGAAGCCCCUCACCAGCCCUUGUCUCGCCCAAAUAUAAUGGAUCGGGUGCCGGCGAUGACGAUCUGGAGUCUGUCGGACACGCCAGCACGAGCGCGGCCAGCCGCAAAAUGCAGCCGCGCGAAGGCCAGGUCGAUCGCGGCACGUCGUCGCAGGACAUGGUCGAUUUCCUUCGGUCUGCUCCAUCGCACGACACAACGUCCUCGCACGGCAGCCUCCGCUUGAGUGAGAGCGGAUCCGACGGCUCGAGGAAGGUCGGCGUCAGCAACCGGGUCCGCAACCUGUUUGGUCGUAAGGCCAGCGUCAAUGGCAAGGACGUGUUGUCCUCCCCGCCUCGCGCCUCGGUCAGCAGCAUGCGAGACGACGCCCAGUCGACAUCAGGCCAGAUUUCGCCCUCGGGCGGGUCGAGCAUCGUCUCGCACGCCGAGCAUGCCCGCAGCUCUUCACCGCUCAUGGCAGGCUCCAUGGGAAGGCGGACGACGGUCGGGCAGCAUGCAGAUCCGGCCAUGUCGGGCGAAGCGGCUCGGCGCGGGCCAUCCUUCCACGCCUCGAGACCAUCUUCGUCGGCGGGAUCUGUUGCCUCUCCGGUGCAAGUCACCGUCACCAAUACCGUCCCUGGCGUGGACCAGCCAGCGCUAGCAGCCACUAGUGCUGCCGGAGCGACCCCGACUGACGCCCGCAGCCGCGCUGGUACCGCCCGGGCCGACUCUCAGAGCACGAUCGAUGAUCGCAGGAGCAUCAACGAGCGGCAGGGACGGGCCAGCCCGGCCCUCGUCGGUCUCUACGAAGAGACGAAACAGCCGCGGCCUCGGACGCCGCCUUCGCCGCGAGCACGGCAACGGCAGGACGAGCUGCCGAGUCGCAAAGUUCCGUGGGGCUACAAUCGCUACUCGGCCAGCGGUCACGGACGCGCCGAAGGCGACAGCUCCGGGACGCCUACGUCUGAUAAGCGGCGGAGCAUUGGCUACCAGAGCUCCAACGGGCAUGGUGGCGCGAGCUACCGCACCACACGCGCAUCAACCGAGAAUGGCGAUGUGCCCGGCCAUGCACAGCUGGACGAAAGUUCAGUGACCCAUGGCGCUGGUGGCGGCCACAACGUCAGCGGACGCACGCCCACGCUAUUCUACACACACAAUGGACGGCGGGGAUCGGGCGCGCAGAGCUCUCUGGCCGCCAGCCGCGACAGCAGCUCGUUUAUGGCGCACCAACGGCCUCCAUCCCAUGUCAUCCUGAUGCUGGCCGAGCUCGAGAAGCAGAUGCGGGACUGCAGCUCGGUCGAAGAGUGCCGCGCCCUCAUUGGCAGAGCGCUUUCGGGGAGCGCCACCGGUGCCGGCAACGGGCCCACCGCCAACGGCACCAGCGAUCUACACGAGACUGGCUCCUCUGUCCACCACGGCAGCAUUGCCGACAUCCCAGACGAGGAGUCUAGCGUGCAUGGCGCACACUCAUCGUCCUUGUCCCGUGAAGCCAGCGCCGGCACCGAUCGUCCGCAGGCCAGGUACGCCGCUGCCGAUGCACCUCGACGGCCUGCCGAUGAGCUCGAGGCUACCCGUGUCGCGGCACCGACCUCGCUCGAGGCUUGCGACCAGAACCUCGUCGUUGCCUGGCUCCUCGGUGGAGACGAGGUGCCGUCGUUCCAUGCGGAUCCGCCUUCGCCAAUGCAGCGCGAGGCUGACUCCGCUGCCGACGAACGCAAGUCGGGCAUCAACGGAGGCAAGUCGCCGCGCGGACCGUACACCGCCGUCACUUCCAAGGCGAGGAUGGGCAGCGUCGUCUCGCUCGCCUCCAAUUACCGAGAUGCGAGCGAGGGCGCCGAGAUUGACGAAGAGCAGUGA